AUGACGUCUCCAGGUAUCAUGCCACAGAAACAUGUGGACAUAAUCUACAACUCCAUUGAGACAGCUAUUGCAGUGGCAUCUGUCUUGGGGAAUGUUCUGGUUGUGCUGGUGGUGUAUGUGAACCGGGCUCUCCGCAACACCACCUUCAUCUUCAUUGUGUCUCUGGCUGUGGCUGACAUCGCUGUGGGAGCUUUGGUCAUCCCCGUGGCCAUCGUCAUCAAUAUGGAAUUUAAAACCCAGUUCUUCACCUGCCUCGUGCUCUCCUGCCUGCUGCUGAGCAUCACCCAGAGCUCCAUCCUGUCCCUGCUGGCGAUAGCCAUCGACAGGUUUCUGCGCAUCAAGAUUCCCACCAAGUACAGCACCAUAAUGACCCCAGGGAGGGCGUGCGUGGUGGUCUGUCUAUGUUGGAUGCUCUCCUUCCUCAGUGGACUGGUUCCGAUGAUCGGCUGGAAUAACCUCAACGAUGGAAAUCUCAGCCGCUCCAGUGAGAUCGUCUGCAUGUUCACCAAUGUUAUUAGACUGGACUACAUGGUGUACUUUAAUUUCUUUGGCUGGGUGGUGGUACCCCUGACCAUAAUAAUCAUUAUGUAUGGGGAGAUCUUCCGAGUGAUUCGAAAGCAGCUCAAUCGCCGUGCUGAGGCUACUUGUGAUGGACAGCGGUAUUUCAGAAAGGAGCUGAAGCUGGCCAAGUCAUUGGCCUUGGUGCUCUUUUUCUUCAUCGUGUGCUGGUUGCCGAUACACAUCGUUAACUGCAUGACCUUAUUUUGCCCCAGGUGUGAAAUACCAAAAAUUGCUUUAAAUGUAGGAAUUUUCAUGUCACAUGUGAACUCAGCCAUCAACCCCAUGGUUUACGCAUUCAGGAUAAAGCGUUUCCGUCUCACGUUGAUCCAAAUACUUCGCCGCUGCGUGUUGUGUAAGCCGAUGGAGCCCACCCCGUGCCCGACCAGCACCUUAGGUGUGUCUGAAAAACUGGAUGUAAAACUGUAG